AUGUGGAAGAAAGUGACCUUCGCUGUUGUCCUUGUGGCCUUUCUGGGCGUGCAGCUCGCCAGUUCCCUAAGCUGCUACAGUUGCAACAGUCCCUCGGCUUGCCGCAGUCCUUCCACACAGACCUGCACUAAUGCCACCGCUAAUGCCAACAAGGACUUUUUGGGGACCUACCACAGCAAUGUGCCCACCGUCAAUGGCAGCUUGAGCUUCCUCUGCGCCAAUCUUACAUACUACCACCAAGCGAACAACUCUCACACAUCUGAGUUCUUGGGCUGUGUCCAUCCUGGCACUAAUGUCUGCACCCUGACUUUGUCGAAUUCAACACAGCAGGGCACUUGGGCUAGACGUUGCAAUACUUGCAACACCGACUACUGCAAUCCGGCCGGAACCUUCAGUGGAAGUCUCUUUACCAUCGUCGGAUCAGUGAUUGCCUUGCUCCUGGCCAAGGCCAUAAGUCAUUAAAAGUCAAAUACCGU